UUGCAGAUGGCUGAUAUAAUGCAGCUGAUAACGAAGGAUCUAUCAGAGCCUUACUCUAUUUAUACGUAUCGUUAUUUCAUUCAUAAUUGGCCGAGUCUGUGUUUAUUGGCACUGGAUAGAAAGACCGAGAAGUAUGUGGGUGCAAUAGUUUGCAAGUUGGAUAUAAGUAGACAGAACCGAAGGCGUGGUUAUAUCGCGAUGUUAGCGGUGGACGAGUCUUGUCGAAGAUUGGGAAUAGGCACUCGAUUAGUACAACAAGCCAUCAGGAAUAUGCAGACGACGGGAUGUGAUGAGGUAGUGCUCGAGACGGAGGUGACGAAUGUGAACGCGAUCCGAUUGUAUACGAAUCUGGGGUUCAUUCGUGAGAAGAGAUUAUACAGAUAUUAUUUGAAUGGUGUUGAUGCAUAUCGAUUGAAGUUGUUCUUUAAUUCAUCUUUAAACUCGUUUAAUAAUUUUUGUAAUAUCAUUAAUAAUAAUAGUAAUUGUAAUUAA